AUGCAUCCUCCGCGAUCGUCACAUUUCUUUCUUCUCCUCCUCUCCCUCCUAACCUACGCCACCGCCUCCAUUCUCACCAUCACAAUCCCGCCCUCGAACCUAUUACCGAACCCUAAUUCCCUCCCGGCCUCUACUCACGCGACCCUUACUACCCUUCGCUCCUAUCCCUCCUCCCCUUCGUCUUCAUCGGCCUCCGGAACUUCUACACCAGCGGGCCUACGCCUCAAAGCACCACUAUCGCGUAAAUCAAACUUCGUAUUCAACAUCCCCUCGGGACAGGUGCAGGGCUCGCAAUCAUUCCUCCUUGACAUCCACUCGCGGGAUUAUAUCUUUGCGCCGUACCGGGUUGAUGUCGAUGCGGAUGGUGGCGUAGUGGGUGUGUGGGAGACGUACAGGGGGAACGCAUGGGAGAAUCGCGGGGUGGAAAAGGGCAUGGUUCAGGUUGGGGAGGUUGCAGUCGUUGAGGCGAGGGUGAUGGGGACGAGGGAAUUUUAUGAGGAAAGGGCUGGAUUUUCGCCGUUGAGCCUGUUCAAGAACCCGAUGAUUCUACUCGUGGUAUUUGCUCUUGCUGUGACGGUUGGAAUGCCUUAUCUUAUGGAUAUGAUGGACCCAGAGACACGGGCGGAGUUCGAGAGACAUUCCCGCAAAGGGCGAACAGCCGCGAUUGGUGAUAUAAACGCAAAGGCAGGGGCGGGGGCUGGCGCCAAUGCUAUCCGCGGAGCGGGGCCUGGAGCCGGAGCUGGAGCCGGAGCGGGCGGGUUUGACCUUGCUGGUUGGAUGGCCGGGACGAGUCAGGGACCCAUGGCUGCUCUAGACUCGACAGUGAAAGCGGCUGCGAGCGGGAGAGAGGGCGGAUCGGCGGCGCGGAGGAGCUAUCCAUCCGAUCUCUUGGAGCAUCGAUCACUUAGCAUGUCAUUUGCCUCCCCAUCCACCCCUCCACCUCCCCCCGUUCCAGACGGCUGGAAAACGCAGUUCGACGACCGGUAUAAGGAAUGGUUCUACAUCAACCUAAAAACGGGAGUCUCACAGUGGGAACCGCCUCCACUCCCUGAUACACUUCCACCCUCAUAUGACGAAGCAGCCACAGCAACGCCCAUUGACCCUACCUCCGCUACCACAGUCGCAGAAGCUGCAACAGACGUUAUGAAAAAGACAGCUACCGCCUCCCCCUCCGCCUCCACACCACUAGAACUAAGAUCUAAUAACCCGUAUAAUCCCGCGCGGCAGCGGAAUUCUUCGGGACCGGAGACUCAUACAAGUAUAGAUGACAAGAUGAUAGCUGAAGAUGCGAAGUUAGCUACGAAAUUGCAGGCGGAAGAGGAUGAGCGAGCAUGGCAGGGGCGGGACCAAGGCCAGCAGACGUAUGCAGGCAGUCCCCAACCACAAUCACAGACACUAUCACCACCGUCACAUGAAACAAAAAAAUCCAGGUCCAGGAGCGGCAGUGGCUUUCUCGGGAAACUAAUCAGCAAAGCCUCCUCCAAAGUCCACCAUGGCACCAGCAGCGGUACCGGCAGUGGGUUUGCUUCCCCAGAUCAUCACCAGCAACCUUACCAACAACAGCAGCAGCAGCAGCAGCAGCAAUACCAGCGCCCCUACUCUGCACCAUAUGGAUAUAGCGGAUACCCAGCCGGAGGUGCUGGCUUGUACGGCCCGCAGCAACCAUAUAUGUACGGCCAGCGACCAAGACAGCGUAGGGGGAUGGGAGGCAUAGGACCUGGCGGAGCUGCAGCGCUGGGCCUUGGGGGCGGCUUGUUGGGAGGUGCGAUGUUGGCGAAUGCGAUUGGUGAUCAUCAUGAUUAUCAAGAAGGGUACGCGGAUGGGGUGGCGGCGGAUGAUUCUGGAGGGGGAGAUUUCGGAGGGGGAGACUUCGGAGGAGGGGGAGACUUUGGGGGAGGGGAUUUCUGA